UGCUGAACAAGCUGAUCCGUAGCAAUUUGGUGGACAACACGAACCAGGUGGAGGUGCUGCAGAGGGACCCUACGUCGCCCCUGUACUCGGUGAAGUCGUUCGAAGAGCUGCGCUUGAAGCCCCAGCUGCUCCAGGGGGUCUAUGCCAUGGGCUUCAACAGGCCCUCCAAGAUCCAGGAGAACGCCCUGCCCAUGAUGCUCGCGGAGCCCCCACAGAACCUGAUUGCCCAGUCCCAGUCCGGCACCGGGAAGACGGCAGCUUUCGUCCUGGCCAUGCUCAGCCGGGUGGAGCCGGACCACAAGCAUCCCCAGUGCCUCUGCCUUUCCCCCACGUACGAGUUGGCCCUCCAGACUGGGAAGGUCAUCGAACAGAUGGGCCGGUUCUACCCUGCGCUGAAGCUGGCUUAUGCCGUCCGGGGCAACAAGCUGGAGCGUGGCCAGAAGAUUGCCGAACAGAUCGUCAUUGGCACGCCAGGCACCGUCCUGGACUGGUGUUCGAAGCUCAGAUUCAUCGACCCCAAGAAGAUCCGGGUGUUUGUUCUGGACGAGGCCGACGUCAUGAUCGCCACCCAGGGGCACCAGGACCAGAGCAUCCGCAUCCAGAGGAUGCUUCCCCGAGAUUGCCAGAUGCUGCUCUUCUCGGCCACCUUCGAGGACUCGGUGUGGAAGUUUGCCCAGAAAGUGGUUCCCGACCCCAACAUCAUCAAGCUGAAGAGGGAGGAGGAGACGCUGGACACCAUCAAGCAGUACUACGUCCUCUGCAGCAGCCGGGAGGAGAAGUUCCACGCCCUCUGCAACAUCUACGGGGCCAUCACCAUCGCCCAGGCCAUGAUCUUCUGCCACACCCGCAAGACGGCCGGCUGGCUGGCGGGGGAGCUGUCCAAAGAAGGCCACCAGGUUGCCCUCUUGAGCGGGGAGAUGAUGGUGGAGCAGCGGGCGGCCGUGAUCGAGCGCUUCAGAGAGGGCAAGGAGAAGGUCCUGGUGACCACCAACGUCUGCGCCCGAGGCAUAGACGUGGAGCAGGUCUCUGUGGUGAUAAACUUUGACCUCCCGGUGGACAAAGACGGCAACCCGGACAACGAGACCUAUCUGCACCGCAUCGGCCGCACGGGGCGCUUUGGCAAGCGGGGGCUGGCCGUUAACAUGGUGGACAGCAAACACAGCAUGAACAUCCUCAACCGGAUCCAGGAACAUUUCAACAAGAAGAUUCAUAAAUUGGAUACAGAUGAUUUGGAUGAAAUUGAGAAAAUUGCUAACUGAAGGGGGCAGCCGAGGGGAUGGGCGUGCCCGCCUUCCGCCCCGUGGCUCUCCCAUCCAAAAUUGGCACGCCGUCCCGACGGGCGCGUCUCCUCACCAGCCACGUGCGAAGUGGGGCGACCCCCAAGAUCACAAGCGCUGCAGAAAUUACCUUAAACCAACAACAAUGCGGCUGGACUUUAAUUUCCAAAUUUGUGCAAACUGGAGAACGGAAGACACAUUUCUCAAAGAAAUGUUUACAGUAACUUUUUGCUU